CACAAUCCAAUCACCUUCGCCACCAUUCUCGCCAUCGCCAACAGAACCAUCGUCCGCAUUCGCAUUUGCAACUGGCCAGCGAGGAGAAUUAAUGGAAGCCGAGCUAAUUGCGGUUUGAGGCUUCUUCUUCAACCGACGACGACAAUUAAGACCAAGAUAAUCUGUGAUUUCUUGGUUAAACGCAAACCUGCUGCAGCGUUAUACUGGGUGAAUUCAUUUGACAGAGGCUACAAGCCAAUUCAGCUGAUUCAGCGCUUGUGUUCAACUGAGGUCGGCCACCACCACCGCAUUGAAUCGAAAUUGAAAUCGACGACGACUGCGAGUACGAGUACGAGGAGGAGUCGUCCACCACCGCCGCCUGCCCCGCCAUCACUUUGCGAAAACUUUUCAAAUCUAAGAGAUUUUUAUAAGCAACACGAUUACGGUUGGCUUGCCUACGCAUCCCAAAGCAGUGGAGAGGAUAGCGAAUUAAGUACUACACACCAUAGUAACAGUGAAUUUGGCGUCGGCUCCACCACGAAAUCUAGAAAAAAGCGUGUUUUGACUGCCAGUAGCACUGCGCGUCGCACCACCAACACAAACACCAACCAACCACCAAAUACCACCAUAAGCAACCUCCCAUUACCAAUAAGCAACAGAAACCGCAACCGCCGCCGAAGCACCAGUCUCGAUUCCUUAGAAACGAUGACAUUACCGAGCGCAGCACGCGUUUACACGGACGUAAAUGCACACAAACCGGACGAAUACUGGGACUAUGAGAAUUAUGUAGUGGACUGGGCCAAUCAGGACGACUAUCAAUUGGUCCGCAAGCUGGGACGUGGCAAAUACAGUGAAGUUUUCGAAGCAAUUAACAUAGCAAACAGCGAUAAGUGCGUCGUGAAAAUUCUAAAGCCAGUUAAAAAGAAGAAAAUUAAGCGUGAAAUUAAAAUUCUUGAGAAUUUACGUGGCGGCACCAACAUCAUCACCCUGCUGGCCGUUGUCAAGGAUCCUGUCUCGCGUACGCCAGCUUUGAUCUUUGAACAUGUUAAUAAUACAGACUUCAAGCAACUGUACCAGACACUAACCGACUAUGAGAUACGCUACUAUCUCUUUGAGCUACUCAAAGCUCUCGAUUAUUGUCACAGCAUGGGCAUUAUGCAUCGCGAUGUUAAGCCCCACAAUGUGAUGAUCGAUCACGAGAACCGCAAGUUGCGCCUCAUCGAUUGGGGUCUGGCGGAAUUCUAUCAUCCAGGACAAGAAUAUAACGUCCGUGUGGCUUCACGUUACUUCAAGGGUCCCGAACUGUUGGUGGAUUAUCAGAUGUACGAUUAUUCGCUGGAUAUGUGGUCGUUGGGCUGUAUGCUGGCAUCGAUGAUUUUCCGCAAGGAACCAUUCUUCCAUGGACACGACAAUUACGAUCAGUUAGUGCGUAUAGCCAGGGUGCUGGGCACCGAGGAACUGUAUGCCUAUUUAGAUAAAUACAAUAUCGAGCUGGAUCCGCGAUUCCACGACAUAUUGCAGAGGCACUCGCGCAAGCGGUGGGAGCGAUUCGUGCAUUCGGACAAUCAGCAUUUGGUGUCUCCCGAAGCUCUCGACUUUUUAGAUAAGUUGCUGCGCUAUGAUCAUGUAGAGCGACUGACAGCUCGCGAAGCUAUGGCACAUCCAUACUUUUUGCCAAUUAUAAAUGGACAAAUGACUUUGCAUAAUUCAUCAUCGAAAGCGAGUAGCCAACAAUAGGAGAGAUCAGAAGAUGGGGAACAACAGAGUGUCGUAGUUGUAGUUGGUGUUGAAUCAAUAGAAAUAAAAAAAAAUCAGGAAGCAGUUUUAUUACAACAAAAACAGAAACAACAACAAGAAGCUGAGGGAGGAGAAACUAUGAUGAUGGAUGAAAGUUUAAUAAAUGGAGGAGGAAGUGCUACCAAAAGCAGUUAGUCAACCGCAAACAUUUAAAAAAAACAAAACAUUAUAAAAGCAGCACACAUUUUUACCACCAUAGCCAACAUCUAUAACAACAAAAGCAAUAGUUGAACUCUCUCUCUCUCUCUCUCUCAAUUUCUCUCUUCCACCACAAGAAUCCAUUCUCAAUUUUUCAAAAGUAAAAAUCUGCUUCGAAGGAAAUUGAAAAAAAAAACAUAAAUAUAUAAAUACUAUUAUUUACGACAAGAAAAACAAAAACACAAAACUUAAAAUUUGAAAGUUUUAAUAUAACAAAAAAGAAUAAAAAUAAAAUGAAAAACAAAAAACAAAAAAAAACAAAAACAA